AUGGCUGUCAAUGAGGUCCAAGUUUUUCAAUUAGCCGUCAGGGACCAGUUUGGUCGCCUGACGGAUCGGGAGAAACGAUAUGCGCAUCACAUGGCCCGUGCUUCUUGGGCGGGAGCAAGAAUCAUCUUUCGGCAGGUUUCUCCUGAAUCCGCCUUAAUUUUUGACUUCAUCAUGGAGCUUCAUCAGGUUUGCUCUGGGGACUGGGAAUCUUUGAUCUGUCCCGGGGUAACAAAGGAAGAUAUCCAACAUUUCAAGACCUACGCUGCUACGUUUUUGUCAAAUGUUGGUAACUAUUAUGGUUCUGGCGACCAAAAAUUCAUCCCUCAAGUGGAGAGCACUGUCCUCCAGAAACUAUCAGAGAAGUCCUCUACUUUGAGCAGUCUGUAUGAUGGACUCUCCGACCAGAUCCUCGCAACGCCGCCAUACAGUCUUGGAUAUUCAAGCGAAACCGCUCAGACGGCUUAUUAUCCAGGAGGUAAUCUGAAGGAAACCGAUAUCACAAUGUUGUCAAAGUUUCUCGAGCAAAAUCACAUCCACCCCGAAAAUACUAGACUGCAGAAAGUCGGUGAUGGGAAAUAUGAGAUUCUUCUUGCCUCUGUUGAAUCAGGCAAACAAGGGCACCUUUCUCUAUCCAACGGUACAGGAUCAGUGCAGAUCGUAAAGGGUGACCAUUCUUCCGGCCUUCAACGUGUGUGUCAUGAACUCGCAGAGGUGGCCAAAUAUACCGCAAAUGACCUCCAAAGCCGAUUUCUCGAAAAAUACAUCGAAAGCUUUCAAACCGGGAGUCUAGACAUGUAUCGAGAAUCCCUACGAAUCUGGGUCAAAGAUAAAGGGCCUCGCGUAGAAAACAUUUUUGGAUUUGUUGAGCCGUACCGAGAUCCACACGGUAUCCGAGCAGAAUUUGAAGGACUCGUUGCUAUUGCCGACGAUGAGGAAACCAAACUUCUAGCCAAGUUAGUUGAGAACUCGGCCACCUUCAUUCGUCGGCUCCCAUGGGCAACGGCGGAGAAUAAUGGAAAGGGACCAUUCGAAAAGAGUCUUUUUGAGCCUCCGGACUUUUCUAGCAUCCAUUCGCUUGCAUACUGCUCGAGUAUAAUUUUCCCAGGAAUUAAUGUUCCCAACUACAACGACAUUCGCCAGGAGGAUGGCUUCAAAAAUGUUAUCAUAUCUAACCGAAUGGUCACUGAGAGCCAGGCGAAACAGUAUCCUUUUAUACAUGCUUCGGAGGCAGAAACCUUUCAGAAGCACAAGUUCCCAGCUUAUUACUGGUGGGUUGUUCUCCAUGAGCUUCUCGGCCAUGGUACAGGCCAAAUGAUGGUAGAGCACUCAGAGGGAAAGUUCAACUUUGACAUCAACAACCCGCCAAUCAAUCCGCUCACAAAUCAACCCAUUUCGACCUGGUAUAAACCUGGGCAGACCUGGACAGGAGAAUUUGGAGACUUGGCAACCACGGUGGAUGAGUGUAGAGCGGAACUCGUCGGCGCUUACUUGAUGGACGAUGUUGAGCUCCUUGAAUUAUUUGGCUUCUCGGAGACCUCUGAAUUUCGCGCAGAUGACUUAACGUAUAAUCUAUACCAACAGCUAGGUGUUGACGGUUUGCGAGGGCUAUCCAACUUCAACGUAACCAAUAGCAAAUGGGGCCAGGCGCAUAGUCGAGCGCACUUCGCGAUGCUCAAGUGUUUGAUCCGCGAUGGCGACGGUGUUGUUACCAUUGUUCAUGAUAAGCUAGGCAACAAUCUUACAGUCCACGUAGAUCGCUCCAAAAUCCGCACCCAUGGAAAAGCAGCUCUCGGAAAAAUGCUUCUACAUUUGCACAUGUUCCGAUGCACGGCUGACGCGGAGAGUUGCCGGGCCUAUUAUGAGGAACUGUCCAUGGUGGAAGAGGAACACUUGUCCUGGCGCGAGACGGUGCUCUUGAAGAAGCCUCCCCCAAUGAUUUUUGUGCAUGCCAAUACUUUCCUUGACGGGGACAAGGUUACUGUAAAGGAGUAUGAGCCUACUAUCGAGGGUCUUAUACAAAGCUGGACUGAGAGAAAUAUUUGA